AUGACUUUCGUCAGGGAGCCGAGCACCUAUGCCGGAGACGGCGUCUUCAACACACCAUCACCAAACCGGAGCAGCAGACGCCACCUGCUACACCGCCCAAGAACCAGCCGAAGCGCCGCCAACGCGCAAGCCAGAGCAACACGAAGGCCAUGCCCCGACCAUGCCACCGCGGACCACCAUCCCGACAAGGAGCCACCACGCAACCUGACUGCAGACAGUCGCCAGCCGACCCACCUCCGGGCCUCCGGCCGCCAAAUUCCGGAUCCGGCCGCUCCAGGCCAGAGGCCGCCCACCGCCCGCGCCCCCAGCAACACCGCCAGCCAUCGAUCUGAACCACCUCCAGAUCCACCACGCCCGCAGCACCGACGACGUCCCAACAUCACGCCGGACGAGCAGGGCCGCCGGCGAGCGCCCAGGCCACCACCAGCCUUGCCGGACCAGAUCUGA